GCUGUUCUUGCCGAAAGGGGCGGGGUUUGUGCGCGAUGGGCUGGAGCAGCGCGGUGCGGGGCGCGCUGUGUUGCGGGCGGGCGGCGGCGCGGGCAGUGCCACUGGGACCAGGGCUGGGCGCGGUGCGGAGCAUGUGUGCCCAGGCGGACGACUGGCAUUCGGCCAAGGCCAUCUACGACUUUCACGCCCUCGACAUCGAUGGCAACGACGUGUCCCUAGACAAGUACCGGGGCUACGUCUGUAUCAUCACCAACGUGGCCUCCAAAUGAGGGAAAACCGCGGUAAACUACACUCAGCUUGUCGAUAUGCACGCCCGAUACGCUGAGAGGGGUUUACGCAUCCUGGGCUUUCCCUGCAACCAGUUUGGGAAGCAGGAGCCCGGGGACAAUGCUCAGAUCAAGGCAUUUGCUGAGAACUACGGGGUGAAGUUCGACAUGUACAGCAAGAUCGAUGUCAACGGGGACGAUGCUCACCCCCUCUGGAAGUGGAUGAAGGAUCAGCCCAAAGGGAGAGGCACCCUGGGCAAUGCAAUAAAAUGGAACUUCACCAAGUUCCUCAUUAACCGAGAAGGUCAGGUGGUGAAGAGGUACAGCCCGAUGGAAGAUCCCUAUGUGAUCGAGAAGGACCUGCCUGUCUACCUGUAACUCUGCUCUGCUGCCCCCCUGCCCGUCCCGACCCCGCUGCCCGUGGAGCCUCCUCCAGCCCCAUGACGGGCUGCCUCCAAUCCAGCUGCUGGUGGGGCAGCCCUGACCCACGGCGUGCACCUGCUGGACGGAGGCUCCAGGGGCCGCGGCCGCUGCGGGCAGGAGCAGCUGCAGCCCCCUCACAGUCACUGGAGUCCCCCCGCAAUAAAGGCGUUAGGAAUGA